CACUCCAAGGCAGUAGGUGGCGGUGUGCGCGGCGGACGCGGGCGUGUAACCCGGAUGAGGACCGAAGAAGACGCGCCCGUCUGCCAGCGGCUGCGCAGAGGAGAGGAGUUUGUGCGAGGUCUGCUGUCAGUCACCGGGAGACCGCCAUGUCCAAAGAGCAACAGACCCCCCGCGAGCCCGAGCAGCUCCGAAAGCUCUUCAUCGGGGGCCUCAGUUUCGAGACAACAGAUGAGAGUCUAAGGGCCCACUUCGAGCAGUGGGGGACCCUCACAGACUGCGUGGUGAUGAGGGACCCCAACACAAAGAGGUCGAGGGGGUUUGGCUUCGUGACCUACAGUUCGGUGGGCGAGGUGGACGCGGCGAUGGACGCCCGCCCGCACAAAGUGGACGGAAGAGCUGUGGAGCCCAAGAGGGCCGUGUCUAGAGAAGAUUCGUGCAAACCAGGCGCUCACUCCACUGUUAAGAAGAUGUUUGUGGGUGGAAUCAAAGAAGACACGGACGAGGAACAUCUGCGCGAGUAUUUCGGCCAGUUCGGUAAAAUCGACGAAGUGAACAUCAUGACCGAGAAGAACAGUGAUAAGAGGAGAGGCUUCGCUUUCAUAACGUUUGAUGACCAUGACGCUGUUGACAGGAUUGUCAUACAGAAAUACCACACGGUGAAUGGACACAACUGUGAAGUCAGGAAAGCUCUUUCCAGAGAAGAAAUGAACAGGGUGUCGAUGAAUCAGCGAGGCGGACGAGGAGGUGGAGGGGGCGGUGGAGGCGGUGGCAACUUUGGCAGAGGCGGAGGAUAUGGAGGUGGAUAUGGAGGAGGAAGAGGUGGCUACGGUGGAGGAGAUGGAUAUAAUGGCUACGGAGGAAAUGGAGGCUACGGUGGAGGUGGGCCGAAUUACGGCGGCAACCGAGGAUACGGAGGCGGCGGCGGAGGCGGCGGUGGAUACGGGAACCAGGGUGGAGGCUACGGCGGAGGCGGCGGCGGCUAUGAUAACUACAACAACGGCGGUGGAGGCAACUUCGGAGGAGGCAACUUCGGAGGCGGCGGAGGCUACAACGACUUCGGCAACUACAACAAUCAAUCUUCCUCUAACUACGGCCCGAUGAAGGGAGGGAACUACGGCGGUGGAGGAGGCGGAAGGAGCGGCGGCGGCCCGUAUGGAGGCGGUUACGGAGGAGGCUCUGGCGGAGGUUACGGAGGCGGCUCCGGUGGGCGGAGGUUUUAGUUUCCAAGGGCCACAGUACUUAGAGGAGAGCCAGAGAGAGAUGACAGGGAAAGGAGAGAAGCAAGCAGGUUUACACCUAGAUCUGCCCAGCCAAGCAGUGUGGCGGCGAUAUUAACGUCUGCCAUACGAAGAGAACGUGUUCAAUAGGGGAGGAGAAUCAUGUGGGAAUGGGGGCGGGGGGUUGAAGGGGUUAAAAAACCAACAAAAAAAAGGAACGUUGUCCUGGAAGACAUUUACUAGUUUGUAGUUUUCCCUUUUUUUUGUCUGUGAAGUGCAAAGCAUUCCAAUGAGAUUUUAUGCAGGGUUUAAUUGUUGUGUUGGCUUUUCUCUUGAACCAGUAGGGUGUCUGUGUUUUUUUUCUUUUACAUUUACUUUCUUUGCUUUCUUUUCUUUUCCUUUUUUUUUUUUUUUUUUUAAUGUGAACAGUCACCAAUCAAGAUUAAAUAAACCGCUCCAGUUUUUUUAUUUAAUUGCAUUCGUCAGUGUUUUGAUUUCGGUCAAUUUGUGAAGAUGCAUGAGCGACUGCCGGGUGUUUCACGCAGCAGACCCGCCGCGUGUUCUGACGCUGCCGGGAUCUGUCUUUUUGUCGACGUGGACGUGAAUCUUUACCCCGAAGUCGCCUCGACCUUGGGUUAAAGCAUUCGCAAGCCUGGGUUAAAUAACGCGCGCUGCUUUGCCUCGACUUCCGCGUGAAAUGCCUGUAAACGAAUCGGAGAUCUACGAAUUGAACCGCAAAACUUUAACUAGCUUGUAUUUACAAUCGGGCCUAACGCGCGUCCUGGCACGCGUUUCUUUGUUUGAGUUCCGCUGGGGAAAGAAAUCCAUGAGAGGAUUUUUUUAGCCACUCUGAAGGCAACCUUGCACGUAAGCGGUCAGACUAUCCGAUGAAGUGCCAGCAGAGAUUCUAGCCAUCGGGAGGAGCCAGCUUAAAGGCUAGCCAAAGAGAAGAGACUUUUCAGAAGCGGUCCAUCGGAGAGAGGCUAGCCGUUGGGAUGAGCCAGCUGAGAGGCUAGCUUAUUGGAAUCGCCAGCAGUCUUAUUGAGAACAGAUGAUUGCUGUUAUAAGACUAGCGAGAAACAGCUACCAAAGUAAGGUAUUUAACAUACCAGACUGGUAGGUAAGAGGAGAAUUUUAGUUUUGUUUAUUUUUCUUCAUGUGAAUUAUUUGUGCUCAUCAAAAUUAGGUAACCGUGUAAAGAUUUUGUUGCUUGGUUGUUUUCGUGGUUGUGGUGAAAACAUGAGUGCCGAACUAGCACAGUGAGCAAGUUUUCAACUGUGUUUUAAGUAAGGUUCGGUAUCUAAUUUUAUGUUGUAAAAGUAGUCUUUUGUGUCAGUGGUGCAUGAGACACUUAAUGCUUUCUGUGCUUGGCUACAUGUCUCUUUAGUUUGUCUCCUUAUGUGGGUUUUAAGUCGAUUUCUUCUUCUUCCAGGGAUGUAAACUGGUGGGUUUUAUAGCUGCGCCGCUGUUAGCGCCGGUUCAGGAGGCCGAUGAUCUCGAAGGGUUGCUAUUGACUGACGCCCGAAAGGCAACCGCACAAUCAUUUUAAUGUUGCAUGCUUGUGCCGUUUUAUCCACGUCAGCGGACGGUCACAAUGUUUGAAUCGGUUGUUAGAGCGCCGGGUCAAACGCCAAACACUAGCUGCUGGACAGCAUUGGAAAUGUUUUCAAAAAGUUUUUAAUAAAAUUUUAAAACAUU